CCAUAGAUUUCUUUCAUUCCAUUUUCAUUUUAUUCCAUUUUCGGCCUCAAAAUUCCAAAUUCAAAAAACAUAGGACCAACAUGUUUAGGUUGCUAAAUCGACUGAUCUUGGCGAAUCCAACGGCCAACAGGUGGAAUCAGAAGCCCCUCACCACCAAACCCAUCAAGUCCUCUUUCUCCAAGUUGAUGAAGCCCAUCGAGGGGUUCAAGCGAAAUCGGAUUCCCAAGAUCAGUGUGGUCGGGGCAGGACAGGUGGGCACGGCCAUCUGUGCGAUGCUGCUGCUCCGCAAUCUCACCAAAUAUCUGGUCAUCCUGGACGUCAACUACGAGCUGGCCAAGGCGGAGGCCCUGGACUUCCAGCACGGCUCCGCCUUUCUGGGCGACGCUCGAGUGGUGCCCUGCGGCGAUGGAUCCCACUCCAAGGAUUCGGAUGUGGUGAUCAUAACGGCUGGUGCACGGCCAUCUGGCAAGGAUCGCUCCCGCCUGGCUGCGAUGAGCAAGACCGUCGAAAUCCUCAAGGAGGCGGUGCCCAAACUGGUGAAACUCAGUCCCAAGGCGACCUACUUAGUCAUCUCGAAUCCCGCCGAUGUAAUGACUUAUGCCGUCCAGCGUAUUGGAAAGCUGCCCAAGCAUCGCUGCUUCACCACCGGCUGUCACUUGGACUCGGUGCGGUUCCGCAACCUCAUCGCCGGACGUCUUCAGGUGCCUCCAUCGCAGGUUCAGGGCUAUGUGAUCGGGGAGCAUGGAUCCAGUGCGGUGCCCGUGUGGUCCUGUGUCUCCGUCGGCGGCAUCCGGCUGAAUGAUGUGAUUAAGGACCUGGCCUGCGGCGAUGAUCCGGAGGAUUGGUGGGGCAUCAUCGAGCAGGUCACCACAUCCGGACUGGCCGUGGGCAAGGCCAAGGGCUAUACCAACUGGGCCAUUGCCCUAACCUGUGUGGAUAUCGUGGAGGCGAUGUGCGGAGGGAGGGGGAAAAUCGCCUCAGUGGGCACGGAUAUGAAGGGUAUACACGGCAUCAAGGAGAAUAUUGUGCUAUCCCUGCCCUGUUUGGUCACCUCGGGUGGCAUUAGUCAUGUGUUCGAGCUGCCCCUCACUACUGUGGAGCAAAACAAGCUGAUGUCCUCUGCCAAUGUCCUUCUGGAGGCCCAGUGCUCUCUGAAGAUCUGAAUGAGUAUACCCAGUAAUACCCACA